AUGGAGGCGGCGAAGGUGAAGGACAUGGAGGCACAGGCGCACGAAGAGCCUCUCUUGAACGACAAACAAGAUCGCCAGUCCAGCUUACAGCAAGCGAUCAGCCAGACGUUCAAGAGCGCCGCCCACCUCGCGAAUCUUUUGCCGACGGGGACCGUCCUCGUUUUCCAGAUCCUCUCGCCCAUCUUCACAAACCAAGGCCAGUGCGAUGCGGUCAACCGCACCAUGGAAGGAGGCCUGCUGGCUCUCUGCGGCAUGUCCUGCCUCCUCCUCAGUUUCACCGACAGCUUCAGGGACGCCAAGGGGAACGUCCGCUACGGGUUGGCCACGACCAAGGGGCUCUGGGUCAUCGACGGCACCGCCGGGCCGCCACCUGAGGAGGCGGCGGCAUACAAGAUCAAAUUCAUAGACUUCAUGCAUGGCUUCAUGUCCUUGUUUGUCUUCGCAGCGGUUGCUCUCUUCGAUCAGAAUGUGGUCUCCUGUUUCUACCCGAUCCCAUCAAAGCAGACGGAGGAGGUCCUGAGGUCGUUGCCCGUCGGGAUUGGGGUCAUCUCUAGCAUGCUCUUCGUCGUCUUCCCGACGACCCGCCAUGGAAUCGGUUUCCCCCUCUCCUCCAAGUGA